GGACCUUGGAGCUAUCCCAGGUUGUUAAUCCCCAACCUUGUUGUUGCUAUUGAAGCUCCAACGUUUCCAACGAAUAUCAACCUCUCUACAUCUCUCGAUUCCACACAAUCUUCCCCAGUACUUUCACAUUUAUCGAUCGCCCAUCAUGUCGCACGCUCUUUCGGACGACCAGGUGUCGCAGGAGUUGAAGAAGAUGACGGCAUUCAUCAAACAAGAAGCCAUGGAAAAGGGUCGCGAAAUCGAACUCAAGGCAAAUGAGGAAUUCGCCAUUGAAAAAUCCAAGCUCGUCCGCCAGGAAACGUCCUCCAUCGACACGCAAUAUGAGAAGAAAUUCAAGACCGCCCGUAUGUCCCAACAAAUCACUCAAUCGACCGUCGCAAAUAAGACUCGUCUCAAGGUUCUAUCUGCUCGUCAGGAACUCCUCGAUGGGAUCUUCGAACAGGCGCAGGGAAAACUCAAGGAAGCUACGAAUGAUAAGGGUAAAUAUACGGAGAUCUUGAAGAAUCUUUUGUUGGAGGGAAUGUAUGCUUUGGACGAGGGGAAAUUGCAGGUUAGAGGGAGAAAACAGGAUUAUGACCUCAUCAAGAAGGCAAUUGAGGAGGCGCAGAAGGUGUACAAGGAGAAGAUGAAGAAGGACGUGACGGUGAGCAUAGAUGAGAAGAAUCCUUUGCCGGAAGAAUCUGCUGGUGGUUUGUCUAUUGUUGGUGGAGGAGGAAAGAUUGAUAUCAACAAUACUUUUGAGGAGCGUCUGAAGUUGCUCCAGGAUAACGCAUUACCCUCUGUUCGAACCACAUUAUUUGGUCCUAACGUCAACCGGAAAUUCUACGAUUAGUUGUUUGGUGGAUGAGCGUCGUGUUUUGAGAGUCUCAAGGAUGGAAGGAGGUAUGAAGGAGCUUUGCACAUUCCAAUUAUACAAUAUUGCAGGUUUUGUCGGUAGAGCGUGUAUGAUACAUGAACAUCAAUAUCAUUAAAUUGCA